GUGAGGUUUUAAAAGCUGGUGAUGAUUGGAAAUGGAAUGCCAGUUUUUUCUCCUCGCUUGCUAAAAGCGUUAUUUUCCCAGCCAGGUGGAAAUCUUGAAAGUCUAGCUGUUAGGUAAAGGAACAUGUUUUUUUUUCCUCAAGAUGGAGGAAAUCAAGUUUGGUUUUUUUUGUUUUUUUUUUUUUUAAAGAUGGGGUUUCACCAUGAUGGCCAGGCUGGUCUUGAACUCCUGACCUCAGGUGAUCCACCCACCUUGGCCUCUCAAGAUGCUAGGAUUAUAGGCGUGAGCCACCGCGCCCAGCCAGAAAUCAAGUAUGUACACAACAUGUGGCUACUUUUUUUUUUUUUGAGGCUGAGUUUCGCCCUUGUUACCAGGCUGGAGUGCAAUGGCGCAAUCUUGGCUGACCGCCACCUCUGCCUCCUGGGUUCAGGCAAUUCUCCUGCCUCAGCUUCCCGAGUAGCUGGGACUACAGGCGUGCGCCACCAUGCCCAGCUAAUUUUUUAUAUUUUUAGUAGAGAUGGGGUUUCACCAUGUUGACCAGGAUGGUCUUGAUCUCUUGACCUCAUGAUCCACCCGCCUCGGCCUCCCAAAGUGCUGGGAUUACAGGCGUGAGCCACCGCGCCCGGCCCAUGUGGCUACUUUUGUACUGCUUGUGUGCAAAGGAAAUUCUGGGUGCCCCUCGUGGCAGGGAGGGCUGCUGCCUCCUGAGAAGCGGAUCCUGAUUUUGGGGAGGUGCUGCUUUAGUUUGCUGCUGGGUAGUGUUAAACGGACUUCUGCAGAUGAGCUGGCAGGGAAGGUGUAGGGCAUGAAUGCAUGCUUCAGAAACCUGGCUGGCUUUGUAAGGGCCUGCUAAGGCAGAGCUCGCCCGCCUGCAGAUGGGAGCAUUGUCCAGUGGUGUGGGGACGGGCCCACCGCUACACUUUAGUAAGGUGACCAGGUGCUGUUGAGGUGGGUGCCUGGAGUAACUGCUGCUUCAGCUGCUUCCUACCCAAGAGGACGUGCUAGAGAGGUCUGGUGUUUUGGAGACAGGAUUUCCCUCUGCCACCCAGAUGGGUGCAGUGGCACAAUCAGCUCCCUGCAGCCUGAACCUCCCCAGCCUCCUCCCACCUCAGCCUCCUGAGUAGCUGGUACUAAUACUGCACUAAAUUUUUUUUUUUUAAUUAGUGGGGUAUGGGCCAACUCCAAAAAUGAUGGAGUUGGGGAAAAAGCCCCACCUCAGUGCACUGGCAUUGAUGCACCUGAAAUGAACCGUCUAGGCUUUUCUGUUUGGUGGUGGUGGGUUUUGUUGUUGUUUGGAGACAGGUUGUCACUCGUUGCCCAGGCUGGAGCUCAGUGACAUGAUCUCAGCUCUCGCUAUGUUGCCCAGGCUGGAGUGCAGUGGCUAUUCACAGGCACAAUCCCACUACUGAUCAGCACGGGAGUUUUGACCUGCUCCAUGUCCGACCUGGACCGGUUCACCCCUCCUUAGGCAACUUGGUGGGCCCCGCUCCCGGGACGUCACCAUAUUGAUGCCGAACUUAGUGCGGACACCUGAUCGGCAUAGCGCACAACAGCCCAGAACUCCCGGGCUCAAGAGAUCCGCCCGCCUCAGCCUCCCAAGUAGCCGGGACUACAGGCACGCGCCGCCGCGACCGGCUAAAUUUUUUUUUAAUCAUCUGGGGGUCUUUCAUUUUUUUAACAACUAUUAUGCCAUGAAUUCAUAGGGAAGAGGUUCCACCAGCUCAGGCCCCUUCCCAUUGGUCGAUUCUCUGGUUGGGGCAGGCUGGGGCUUCAUUUGAACCCAUGUACCUUUCUCUUUGGCUUCUUUUUCUGAUCAUUUUCCUUCCUGCAUUUAAGAAAGCGAUCUCAGCUCUUAGAGGCUCAAUCCACACAGUAAUUCUCUUGGCAGGAAUCUUGCCCUUGUUUGUUUCCAACAAUGCCAGCGGCAUGCUGGGUGACUCUGUGGACUUCGGGUUUUGCCCUGGUCACUUGGGGGGCGUCCUUUGUGAACAGUGCCCAUUCCCUUGAUGUCUGCAAUAUCUUUCUUACAGAUUGGCAUACACAUGGGCAAAGGAACAACUUGUGUUUUCUGAUGGGCCUAGAGAACAUGUAUCGGGUGCCUCCACUUUCCCUUUGUGUCGGGCAUUCUGGUGAAUGACUGGAAGACGGCAGUUUCGGCCAAAAGGCUGCUUUUUUUUUUGUAAAUGGAGUCUUGCUCUGUCACCCAGUCUGGAGUCCAGUGGUGCGAUCUUGGCUCACUACAACCUCCGCCUCCUGGGUUCAAAUGAUUCUCGUGCCUCAGCCUCCCGAGUAGCUGGGAUUACAGGUGCCCACCACUAUGCCAAGCUAAUUUUUAUAUUUUUAGUCGAGACGGGGUUUCACCAUGUUGGCCAGGCUAGUCUCGAACUCCUGACCUCAGUUGAUCUUCCUGCCUAGGCCUCCCAAAGUGCUGGAAUUGUAGGCGUGAGCCGCCGCACCUGGCCCAUGCCCCACUAAUUUUUAAAAAUUCUUUGUAGAGAUGGGGGUGUCACUGCGUGCCCCAGGCUGGUCUGGAACUCUUGGCCUAAGCUUCCUCCCACUACGGCAACCUCCGCCUCAUGGGUUCCAGCGAUUCUCCUGCCUCAGCCUCCCAAAGUGCUGUGAUUACAGAUGCGAGCCACCUCACCAGGCCAAAUUUCUUUCUCUGGGUGUCUACCCAGCAGUGGGAGUGCUGGGUCACAUGGUAAGCUCAACAUUUAGUUUUGUGAGGACCCUCCAAACUGUUUUCCAUAGUGGGGUUGGUAAUUUAUAUCCCCACCAAUAGGGCACAGGGUUCCCUCUCCACACUCCGCAUGUUACUUAUGUCACAGUUUAAAAAAUAAUACACCAAAAAUGAUGGAGUUGGGGAAAAAGCCCCGCCUCAGUGCACUGGCAUCGAUGCACCUGAAAUGAACCGUCUAGGCUUUUCUGUUUGGUGGUGGUGGGUUUUGUUGUUGUUUGGAGACAGGGUGUCACUCCGUUGCCCAGGCUGGAGCUCAGUGACAUGAUCUCAGCUCACUGCAGCCACCUCCCAGGUUCAGGCCUCAGCCUCCCGAGUAGUUGGGAUUUACAGGCGCAGCCGUGCAUUGAAAGUAAUGGUAAAAACCACAGUUACUGUCGUGCCUAACCUAAUACCAUCCCCACCAGUGUCCUCCAGCCUCACCGCCCUUGUGGUUAAGCUUUCUCUCAGCAACUGUCUAAAAGUUUUUCAUUUAUCCAAUAAUUCUGCCAAGGGCUGCAAGCACUGGGCUUUUGUUUUCUGCAGCAUGAGCAGUUCUGCUCUCAAAAGGGAAGGAGGACCAGGUAUGGUGGCUCAAGCACUUUGGGAGGCCCAGGCGGGUAGAUCACGAGGUCAGGAGUUCAAGACCAGCCUGACCAACAUGGAGAAACUCUGUCUCUACUAAAAAUACAAAAUAGCCAGGUGUGGUGGUACAUGCCUGUAAUCCCAGCUACUUGUUCUUGGGAGGCUGAGGCAGGAGAAUCGCUGGAACUGAGGAGGUGGAGGUUGCAGUGAGUCGAGAUCUCGCCAUUGCACUCCAACCUGGGCAAUCAGUGAAACUCCGUCUCAAGAACAAAAAAGGGAAGCAUAUCCUAGGUAACUUUAGGGAUAUGGGUAAUAAAUUUGAAAAUUUUAAAAAGGGAAGGCUAGGUAUGUUAGCUCUGUAAUGCCAGCACUUUGGGAGGCUGAGUCGUGAGGAUAGCUUGAGUCUGAAAGUUCAAGACCAGCCUGGGCAAUGGAGUGAGACACCUAUCUCUGCAAAUAAUAAUAAUUAGCUGGGCACGGUGGUACGUAGGUGUACCUCCAGCUACUUUGGAGACUGAAGUGGGAGAAUUGCUCAAGCCCAGAAGCCUGAGGCUGUAGUGAGCUGAGAUCACAGCAGUGUGCUACAGCCUGGACAACACAGUGAGACCCCAUCUCGUAAAAAAAAAAAAAAAAAAAAAGCAGGGGGAAAAGAAAAAGGAGAAAGGAAAGAGGAAGGGAGGGAAGGGAAGCGAUAAGGACCAGAAACAACUGUUAACCAAAGGGAAGAGGGGGAGCGAAGCCUGCAGGGUUCAGCACCUGGUUAUGUUACCUGGAAAAAAUGUGCAGUGAUCUGAUCUCAGCUGAGACAGACAAGGAGAAAACUGACCAGCAACCCACUGUUCUUGGUGGCCUUCGGAAAGGCCUGAUUCCCGAUCAACAGUUUAGAUCCCUUCCCAGGGGGAACGAAAGAAACGGCGCCGUGGCUCGCUCCUGUAAUCCCAGCACUUCGGGAGGCUGAGGCGGGCGGAUCACGAGGUCAGGAGUUCAAGACCAUGGUGAAACCCCGUCUCUCUGAAAAAAAAAAAAAGAAACUUCUUUUUGGGUAUGGGGGGAGUCCCCAUGAUUGCUACACUGUCUUCUCAUCUCCUCCAGAAAACAUCUUGGGUAUGGACUCGCUCUGUCACCCCAGGCUGGAGUGCAGUGCCACAGUCAUACGUCCUGGUGCGCUACCCUGCCCAGGUAAAUUUUUUUUUUUUUUCUUUAAGGUGGAGUCUUGCUCUUGUCACCCAGGCUGGAGUGCAAUGGCGUGAUCUCGGCUCAAUGCAACCUCCACCUCCUGAGUUCAUGCAAUUCUGCUGCUUCAGCCUCCUGAGUAGCUGGGAGUACAGGCAGCUGCCACCCAUGCCAAGAGAAUUUUUCUAUUCUUAGUAGAGAUGGCAUUUCACCCUGUUGGCCAGGCUGGACUUGAACUCCUGACCUCAGGUGAUCCACCCACCUCAGUUUCCCAAAGUGCUGGGAUUACAGGUGUGAGCCACUGUGCCUGGCCCCGGCUAAUUUUUAGAAUAUUUUUGUAGAGACCGGUCUUGCCAUGUUGGCCAGGCUUGGCUUGAUCCUCCUGGCUCAGCCUCCCAAAAUGCUGGGAUUACAGGUGUGAGCCACCUGGGGGUGGGGGGCAGAGCCUUGACGUUAUCGCCCAAAUUAUAGACUGUGACGCAUACAGGUUCUUGCCUGUUCUGGAGAGCUGCCUCUCGUUGUCUUGCUGGAACACGCCUCCCCUUUCCCUGUGACACCAAGUCCUGGAUCUGAAGGACAACAGUGCAGGGAGCUCUUCUCCCAGCCGCGCAAGACCAAACUUCUUGGCUGGGCAUGGUGGCUCAUGCCUGUAAUCCCAACAGUUUGGGAAACUGAGGCAGGUGGAUUGUUUGACGUCAGGAGUUCAAGACCAGCCUGGCUGACAUGAUGAAACCCCGUCUCUACUAAAAAUACAAAUAUUAGCUGGGCAUGGUGGCAGGUGCCUGUGAUCCCAGGUACUAGGGAGCCUGAGACAGAAUCUCUGGAACCCGGGAGGUGGAGGCUUCAGUGAGCCACGAUCACACCACUGCACUCCAGCCUGAGUGACAGAGUGAGACUCCAUCUCCAAAAACAAAACACCACACUCUGUCUGUAAGGUCGUUUUGCAUGAGGCCCUUUUAUUUUUUUAGACGGAGUUUUGCCCAUUGCCCAGGCUGGAGUGCAGUGGCGUGAUCUUGGUUCACUGCAACCUCUGCCUCUCGGGUUCAAGUGAUUCUCCUGCCUCAGCCUCCCGAGUAGCUGGGAUUACAAGCGUGCGCCACCACGCCUGGCUAAUUUUGGUAUUUUUAGUAGAGACGAGGUUUCACCAUGCUGCUCAGGCUUGUCUCAAACUCCUGACUCGGGUAAUCCACCCACCUCGGUCUCCCAAAGUGCUGGAAUUACAGGUGUGAGCUACCGCACCCAGCCACAUAUGAGGCCCCAUCACAGACCAUUCCCCUCGAGCAUCUACCAGUGCCCAGGCCCACCGAGGAAGCAGGGAGCAAGAACAGAGCAGGUCGAGUGGGUACGAUGGCUCACACCUGUAAUCCCAGCACUUUGGGAGGCUAAGGCAGGAGGAUCACUUGAGCCCAGGAGUUCAAGAUCAGCCUGGGCAACAUAGUGAGACCCCAUCUGCAAAGUUUUAAAAUGAGUCGGGCAUGGUGGUGUGUACCUGUAGUCCCACCUACAAGCGAGGUAGAGAUGGAAGGAUCACUUAAGCGCAGAUCAAGGCUGCAGUGAGCUAUGACCUUGCCACUGCACUCCAGAGCAAGACCCUGUCUCAAACAAACAAAAAGAAACAGAACCGACUGGGAGCAGUGUAAUCUCAGCACUUUGGGAGGGCGAGGCAGGUGGGCCACUUGAGUCCAGGAGUUUGAGACCAGCCCAGCCAACAUGGUGAAACCUGGUCUCUACUAAAAGCACAAAAAAGUAGCUGGGCAUGGUGGCGGGCACCUGUAAUCCCAGCUACUCAGGCUGAGGCAGGAGAAUCGCUUGAACCCGGGAGGCAGAGGUUGCAGUGAGCUGAGAUCGCCCCCACUGCACUUCAGCCUGGGCAACCAAGCAAGACCCCAUCUAAAAAAAAAGAAAGCAGGUAACCGCUGUCCGGGUGCAUAGUCUGAGACUGGACAGAAACUGAGGCAGGCUUGUUCCCGUUGUGUGAGGAGGAGCCAGGCAGGGGGUCCCAGCGAGAAAGCCAGGCUUUGAGGUCUGGGUUCAAAUCGAGCUUCACCCCUGCCAGCCUCUGUCUUACCGGUUUACCACGGGAAGAAAACGUGGUCCUGAAUUCCCCUGGAGCAUGUGCUACCCUCCUUGUCCACGAGGUGGCAGCAGCGGGCCCAGCCCCCCUCCGCCAUCUCCGUGGCCAUCUCUCCUGGCCUGGCCUGACCAAACCCAGCCCCAAUCUAAGAGUGGGACCUCAGAGCCAGGGACCCAGGCAUAGAGGGGUCCAGGGCUGGGGUCCCAGGUUCUGAAAUGCCAGGCUUAUAGGAGGUGGGGGACUGUCAGGCUCUUCCCUGGUGUCUUUAGCAGGUGGGAUCCACAGUGGGUUCAGUGGGACCAGGCGCAGUGGCUCACGCCUGUAACUCCAGCACUUUAGAAGGCUGAGGCUGGAGGAUAGCUUAAAGCCAGGAGUUCAAGACAAGCCUGGGCAACAUAGUGAGACCCUGUCUCUACAAAAAAUACAAAAAUUAGCUGGGCGUGGUGGUACAUGCCUGGGGUUCCAGCUAACUCAGGAGGCUGAGGUGGGAGUAUCCUUUGAGCCUGGGAGGUGGAGGUUUCAGUGAGCCGAGAUCGCACCACUGCACUCCAGCCUGAGUGACCGGGUGAGACCCCAUCUCAAGAAGAAAAGGGACAGCAGGUAACCCCUGUCCAGGUGCACAGUCUGGGGCUGGAGGGAAACUGAGGCAGGUUUGUUCCCAUUCUGUGCAGAGGAGCCAGGCUUUGGGGUCUGGGUUCAAAUCCAGCUUCACCUCUGGACCAAGUGAGACCCUAUCUCAAAAAGAAAAAAAAAAAAAAAAGCAGGCAGAGAAUAGAGACAGAGCGUCAGACAGCAAGAAUCCCAGAGGACAAAACAGACACAGAGGCAAAGGACUUGGGACACAGGUGGGUGGGGCAGGGACAGAGAGACCCCUGCAGAGGCUACAAGGUCAGGGCAGACGGGACAAGUGAUCAAAGACAGGUGGAAGAGUGGACGGAGAGGAAGCUGAAGGCUGGGAGGAGGCAAGACAGCCCUGCUCCUCCCCAGCCCUGGGGGUCUCGUCACCCCACUGCACAGAUGAGGCUCCUGGUGUCAAGGGGCGUGGAGAACAGGCUGACAGCACAGGCAGAGGGACCACAGCCCACGCCUGCCCAGCGCCGUCCCUGCGUCCAGCCCUGGGCUGCUCUUCACAGACGUCAGAACCGAAUGAGAUGGUCCCCGGCGGAGCCCAGGACGCCCGGACACCUGAGCUGAGCCUGUCCAGCAGAGCAGCGGAUGUGCGGAUGAUUCAGUGGCUGGCAGAAACCCCGCCCUGUGCCCCCACCAGUGUCAGUGGUGUUGGCAUCGGCUUGAGCAGAUGUGCGGGUUCGGGAUGGGGCGACCGCGGUGAGGAGCCCUGGACUCUCAGGCAGCCUCAUUUAAAGCCCAAAGUUAUUUGGAAAAAGCAACAGGACCAGCCGGGCGCGGUGGCUCACACCUGUUAUCCCAGCACUUUGGGAGGCCAAGAACCACAGGAGGCAACACCAGGAGCCAGCAUGAGCUCAGGGACUGAACUGCUGUGGCCCGGGGCAGCGCUGCUGGUGCUGCUGGGGGUGGCAGCUAGCCUGUGUGUGCGCUGCUCACGUCCAGGUGCGAAGAGGUCAGAGAAAAUCUACCAGCAGAGAAGUCUGCGUGAGGACCAACAGAGCUUUACAGGGUCCCAGACCUACUCCUUGGUCGGGCAGGCAUGGCCAGGACCCCUGGUGGACACAGCACCCGCAAGGAAGGACAAGCUGCUGCAGUUCUCCCCCAGCCUGGAGGAUCCAGCAUUUCCCAGGUACCAGAACUUCAGCAAAGGAAGCAGACACGGGUCGGAGGACGCCUACGUAGACCCCAUUGCCAUGGAGUAUUACAACUGGGGGCGGUUCUCAAAGCCCCCCGAAGAUGAUGAUGACAAUUCCUACGAGAACGUGCUCAUUUGUAAGCAGAAAACAACAGAGCCAGGUGCCCAGCAGGAGGACACAGGUGGCCUCUGUGGAGAACACAGUCCCUUGCCAGCUGUGAAGACUGGCCCCACCUCUGGUCCCUGUCCCUCUGUGCCCCUGGAAGAUGAGGAAUCUGAGGAUUAUCAGAACUCAGCAUCCAUCCGUCAGUGGCGAGAGUCCAGGAGGGCCAUGGGGCAAGUCCAGAGAGAAGCAUCCCCUGGCUUGGCCAGAAGCCCAGAUGAGGAGGAGGAAGACGGGGAACCGGAUUACGUGAACAGGGAGGUGGCGGUCUCAGAAGCCUAGGAUAGACCAAGAAGGAAGCAGGCAGGCUCAAUGCUAUCCCGAAACCAGUGGCUCUGUUCUCAGAACAAAAUACUGAUGAAGACAAGCCUCAUUCUACAAACCCUUUCUUCACUUAAGGAGCCAAGGCGAAGAGCCCAGGGGACCACUGUGCUCCCGGACCUGUGGCUGCCUUCCAAGGACCAUUUCCCAGAGCUACUCAAUUUUCAAGCCCACUGCAAUCACAGCUCCUGGCAGGAGCACCAGCCACCCUGAGGACCACCUGGCCAUGGACACAGCCCGGGAAGGGACAGUUACUCGUGGGAGCCGCAGCCCUGCCACCAAGCCAUCUCCUGGUCUGGGCUUUGCGGGGUGGGCACCUGGUGCCGAGGGUAACUGGCUCCAGGUGUGGACAGAUGGAUGCCCAGGAUUUAGGAUAAGCUGUCACCCUGUCCCCGUAACCAAAACCAUUCUCCAACACUGGUAUCCGUGUCCUUUUUUUGCUAUGAAUUUGGAUUCCUAAUUGCUGUUGUUGGUUGCUGGGGUUUUUAAGGAUAAGCUUGGACAGUUAACUUAUAGAGGGGGAGCCAUAUUUAAUAUUCUGGAUUUAGAGAUUUCUGUCUUGUCUCUUAGAAAGCAUUACAUGUAGCUGAUUUCAGCAUCCUGGGUAGGUGGGGCCCUGGCUGUUUCCCUAGUGGGGACCUCCCCUUCCUCUUUGCCUCAGUUCAUGUAGGAAGAAAUUAGGCUGUUGUUGUCUUUAUGAACUUCCAGUGGAAAUGUCACUUGCUAAGGACAAUAGUACAAGUUAAGAGUCCAGAGAGGCGCUGACCAGAACGGAGCAGAGCAGGGCCUCUCCACGGCCCCAGUCCUCUGCUCCAGGGCUGGCCUCUGCGGAGCUGACUGGAUGUGAUGUGACUCAUGGGAAGUGUGGGACCAAAAUGUCUCAAUAAAACCGUUUGUUUAAAA